AAGAACCGGGUGUCUUACUUUUAUGACCCCGACAUAGGGCAGUUCUUCUACGGACAGGGCCACCCCAUGAAACCGCACCGCGUGCGCAUGACCAACAGCCUGGUGCUGCACUACGGCCUGCACAGCAAGCUGGAAUACUACACCCCCACCCGCGCCAGGGCCGAGGACAUGAAAGCCUUCCACGCUGACGACUAUGUCGAUUUCCUGCAAAACAUCAACCCCGAUAACCUGAGCCAGUUCACCCGAGAGCUAAGAGAGUACAACAUGUACGAAGACUGCCCCGUGUUCAGCGGCCUGUACGAGUACUGCCAGAUCUCGGCGGGCGGCAGCCUGGGCGCUGCAGUCAAGCUCAACUACCAGACCGCCGACAUCGCCAUCAACUGGGCGGGCGGCCUGCAUCACGCCAAGCGCUCAGAGGCCUCCGGCUUCUGCUACUUCAACGACAUCGUGCUGGCGGUGCUGGAGCUGCUCAAGUACCACCAGCGGGUGCUGUACCUCGACAUCGACGUGCACCACGGCGACGGCGUGGAGGAGGCCUUCCUGACCACCGACCGAGUCAUGACCGUGUCCUUCCACAAGUUUGGUGGCGGCUACUUUCCUGACACAGGAGACAUCCACAACUGCGGCCAGGGCAAGGGCCUGGGCUACUCGCUCAACGUUCCGCUGCGGGACGGCAUCACGGACGAGGCCUACCACCAGCUGUUCAGGCCCGUCAUGCUCAAAGUGAUGGAGGUGUUCCAGCCAGAGGUGGUGGUACUGCAGUGCGGCACCGACUCUCUGGCGGGCGACCGGCUGGGGGUGUUCAACCUCAGCAGCACCGGCCACGCCGCAUGCAUCGACUUCAUGAAGGGAUUUGGGCUGCCGCUGAUGCUGCUGGGAGGCGGGGGCUACAAGAUCAUCAAUGUGGCGCGCUGCUGGGCCUACGAAACAGGGCUGGCGGUGGGCGCGGACAUGGAUGAGAAGCUGCCCCCCAACGAAUACUACGACUACUACGGCCCAGUGGGGUACACGCUGACUGUGAAGCCGACGUCGAGGUGGGAGGACCAGAACUCAGCAGAGUAUCUGGAGGGCCUCAGGCAGACCAUCCUGGAGCGCCUGUCGCGGCUGGCGGCCGCGCCCAGCGUGGGCUUCCACGAGCGAGCCCCCGAC